GGUGCAGUAAACGGUGGCGUGAAGGAGGGCAGCACAGGAGGGAAAUAAUGAGUUGGCUGUAAAGCCGUUUCCUGUAUCAGGAAAAAGAUCAACUCCCGCAGCGCCCAUGGGCGACGCCCAGGGACAACGUAUUCGAAUUUGGAGCAGAUAAAUUUGUCGGGUAACACGGUGGUUCCACUCAAUUUCUUUCGGCUGACCGUUCAACCUAUGAUGGAACGAGCGAUGGAGCAGCUUAACGUACAGCUCAAUCGACUGACUCGCUCCCUUCGUCGUGCCAGGACUGUGGAACUCCCCGAAGACAAUGAAACUGCAGUGUACACACUUAUGCCAAUGGUCAUGGCUGACCAACACAGGUCAGUGUCAGAGUUGCUGCUCAACUCCAAGUUUGAUGUAAACUAUGCCUUUGGACGUGUCAAGAGAAGUCUGCUUCACAUUGCUGCCAACUGUGGUUCAGUGGAGUGUCUUGUUCUGCUGCUGAAACGAGGUGCCAAUCCAAACUACCAGGACAUCUCAGGUUGUACCCCACUUCACCUUGCUGCAAGGAAUGGCCAGAAGAAAUGUAUGGGGAAACUACUGGAAUAUAACGCUGAUGUCAACAUCUGCAACAAUGAGGGACUGACUGCUAUCCAUUGGUUGGCAGUGAAUGGGCGGACUGAGCUCCUUCAUGAUCUAGUCCAACAUGUGUCCAACGUUGAUGUUGAGGAUGCCAUGGGGCAGACUGCGUUGCAUGUAGCCUGUCAAAAUGGACACAAAACUACGGUGUUGUGCCUCCUGGACAGUGGAGCGAACAUCAACCGACCAAACGUCUCAGGGGCCACACCUCUUUACUUUGCCUGCAGCCAUGGCCAAAGAGACACAGCACAAAUCUUACUUUCUCGAGGAGCCAAAUACCUUGCUGACAAGAGUGGGAUCACUCCUCUUGACCUCUGUGUUCAGGGAGGAUACGGGGAGACUUGUGAAAUACUCAUUCAGCACCACAGCCGUCUCUUCCAGAUACUCAUUCAGAUGACACAGAAUGAUGACAUAAAAGAGAAUAUGCUCAGGCAGGUACUGGAGCAUGUUUCUCAGCAAAGUGACAGUAAUUAUCAGAGAAUCUUGACAAGUCUGGCUGAAGUUGCCACCACGAAUGGACAUAAGCUGCUCAGCCUAUCCAGCAGCUAUGAUGCUCAGAUGAAGAGUCUAUUGAGGAUUGUUCGAAUUUUCUGCCAUAUAUUCCGCCUGGGACCUUCAUCACCCAAUAAUGGCAAUGAUAUGGGAUACAAUGGCAACAAGACUCCCCGUAGUCAAGUCUUUAAGAUGCGUAUGAGACAAGGGGAUGCUGUACCAAAAGACACGUGCUCUUGGACAGCUUCUGCUAUAUUAGAUCCAUUGGAGCUGCUUUGGCACUCCCUUGACGAGUGGCUCGUACUGAUCUCCACUGAACUAGACAGAAACAGGAACCCCUUAUCCACCUCCUCCAACAGUGAAAUAGCCUCCCUGCUUCUCAAACAGCGGGAAGUCGAUCACUCUAGCCCCACACCAAAGCUUCCCACCUCCCUGGACCCUCAGAUUGUCAUGGAAAAAGAAGGCUAUGUUGAUGGGGAAGACGUUAUCUCCAUGACAGCCAAUCGGCUCAGUGCUGUGAUCCAGGCCUUCUACAUGUGCUGCUCUUGCCAGAUGCCACAAGGAAUGACAUCCCCUCACUUCAUUGAAUUUGUCUGCAAGCAUGACGAGGUGCUGAAGUGCUUUGUAAACAGGAAUCCAAAGAUAAUCUUUAACCACUUCCACUUCCUGCUGGAAUGUCCAGAGCUGAUGUCACGUUUCAUGCAUAUCAUUAAGGGCCAGCCCUUCAAGGAUCGCUGUGAGUGGUUCUACGAGCAUCUCCUGGCUGCACAGCCAGACUCGGACAUGGUUCAUCGUCCGGUCAAUGAGAGUGACAUCUUGCUCAUCCAUCGAGACUCAAUAUUUCGGAGUAGCUGUGAGAUGGUUUCAAAGUCUACCAACGAAAAACUGAAGCAAGGGAUUGCUGUCCGCUUUCAUGGCGAGGAGGGGAUGGGUCAGGGUGUUGUUCGGGAAUGGUUUGACAUUCUCUCAAAUGAAAUAAUUAAUCCAGACUACGCGCUCUUCACUCAAUCAGCUGAUGGUACAACCUUCCAGCCCAACAGUAACUCCUCAGUAAACCCAGACCACCUGAACUACUUUCGAUUUGCAGGCCAGAUCUUGGGUUUGGCACUCUAUCACAGGCAGCUGGUCAACAUCUAUUUCACCCGCUCCUUCUACAAACACAUCCUGGGAAUCCCAGUGAACUACCAGGAUGUGUCAUCCAUUGAUCCAGAGUAUGCCAAGAACCUGCAGUGGAUUUUGGACAAUGACAUCAGUGAUCUGGGUCUGGAGCUCACAUUUUCUGUGGAAACAGAUGUGUUUGGUGCCAUGGAGGAAGUGCCGCUCAAACCAGGAGGCACAAGCAUUGUUGUUACUCAAGGCAAUAAGGCUGAGUAUGUCCAGCUGGUGACUGAGCUGAGAAUGACAAGGGCCAUCCAGCCUCAGAUAAACGCCUUCUUGCAAGGAUUCCACACUUUUAUCCCUCCCUCGCUCAUCCAGCUUUUUGAUGAAUAUGAAUUGGAGCUCCUGCUGUCAGGGAUGCCAGAGAUCGAUGUGCAGGAUUGGUGCAGGAACACUGAGUACACCAGCGGCUACAACCCCCAGGAGCCUGUCAUCCAGUGGUUUUGGAAAGUGGUGUGGCAGCUAACCCAGGAGGAACGAGUUCUGAUGCUUCAAUUUGUCACUGGAAGUUCCAGAGUUCCUCAUGGGGGCUUUGCCUAUUUGAUGGGUGGUAGCGGUUUACAGAAGUUCACCAUUGCUGCAGUGCCAUACACCUCCAACCUUCUGCCUACCUCGAGUACUUGUAUCAACAUGCUGAAACUCCCUGAAUACCCCAGCCAGGAGAUACUGAAAGAUCGCCUCCUUGUAGCGCUGCAUUGUGGGAGCUACGGGUAUACUAUGGCAUAAACAUCCUAUUGCUUGUGCUGCUGCGAGGGUCUGCAGACUCAUCACAGAGUUCCCCCCAAAUCAUCAUAUUUGUAUUCAAUCACUGUUUUUGCGGGACAACACAAGGUAAAUCCAUAAUUUGUUAAGAAACAGCAGUUGGAGUAGCACAUCAGAUUGAAGAGAAGAAAGGAAAGCUGGGCUACCUCCAAAAACUCUCCAUCCUCACUCCUACCUGCCUGUCAACCCAUUUGGGCCACGCCUGGUGUUUUUAUUUUUUACACACUUUCCCAUUUUAUGAUCCAUGGGAUUCAUGAUGCAGUUAUAUUCUAAAGCAUUUACAGAUGAGGCAGGAUGAUAUUGCAUUUGUAUAUAUUGAGAAUGCACAGUAAAAAAUGGACAAUAUUUCUGAGUCAACUUUUAUUUUUUUAACCUAGAUGUAGUAUUUACUACCCUCUGAAGACUGAAUGGCUCUAACAGCAGAGUUAAAAAGCAGUGUAAAAUUAAACUCUACAGAGUGAUGAUCAGCA